AUGGCCGCCACCAUCUCUGUCGACCGUGCUUUUUUCCAGGCACUGUGUGCCCCAGCGGCUGCAGUCCAUCGGCCUCAACCGCCGUUGGACCUGUCACGCAUGGGCGCGAAGAUGUUGGACACCUUCGUCCACCAUGACGUGGCAGCAUUGGCUGGACAUACGGAGGGGCAACGAGCCAUCCUCCGGAAGCUGUGGGCGCUGCCACAAGAGGAGCAGGCCCGGUUGUUGGAGGCGGCCAACAUCUUCGGCUACAUGGCUGAUCCGGACCUCGAGGGCCCGACGCCUGCCCUGCGUUUUCAGCCAGAUCACAACGCGGGCCAACUCUUCCCUCCAGAGUUCAGUCCGCUGCAGGCUUGUCGGCAUCAAGAAUGCCGCCAAACGCGGGAGGUCUCAUCGCCCAUUUGGUCCGUCCAUUGGGCGAAGAGUGGCAGAAAGCCUGCCGUGAUCUUUCCCUGGAAGGCAUCCGGCAUCGGCGCGCCUGCCCGCAUUUGUUCAGGGAAUGAAAAAGGCAUGCUGUAUUAUUGCAGCCGCCGGUUUGAAGAGGGGCACACUUUCUCCAGAGCGCAGGCUUCGACGCCAAGUGUGGCCGACCUGUGCGCCAGGCUGCCCCUUCUACUCACACUUUCCCAACACUUCAUUCCUUACUGGCGACUGGUCCAUGAGGUCCCGGACGAACUUGUCGCCGGGAAGCACAAAGUGGAUGACGGGAGAGCUGAGGUUGGCAUCUCCGUGGCAGCAGACAUCAGCAUGCUGGAAACAGCCAUCGACAUCCCACAUCGAGGAAUCACACUCUACGACAUAGGCCAGCACAGGUCUGUGCUGAUUACACAGAAGGAGUGGGUGGUUACAAAGGGCUUGGUGGUCAUCAAUGAGAGAUUGGACCCAAAGGAGUUCCGCGUGCCGUCCUCGUGCGUGAAGCUGCGCUUCCAGCCAGACCAAAAUGUGCCGUGGCCGGCGCAACCUGGCCUGGACAUUGUGCAGACUUCUGCAAAUCGGGACUUGCCGCCGCGCCUAAACUCACAGGUGAUAGCGGCGUUGCUGCUGAGACUGUGUUUGAUGCCGUCUGGCCCGGAACGGGAUGCACAAGAGCGCAAGCUGGAGGAAUGGCCCAAAAGACUGCACGAGUACACUGCCAAGAACAUUGCCAACGUGGCGUGGGGUUUGCCAUCAGAGGCAGAGUGCCCGCCAGGCGUGCACGUGGACAAGCUCUUGCCUUCGGAGCCCCCGCAAGUCGGACCGCAAGUGGACUGGGCAACGCUGCGGGUGCCGCGCGAGGACAUUACCUUCCAAUACCUUGAACAGUGCCCCGAUCCAACUCCACUCGACACAUUACAGGCAAGGCUGCCGGAAGACAAGCCCUGGACGAUGUCCAGAGGCAGCCCCGCAGGCUUUGAGCACGGCGGUCGGCGCUACUUGCAGGGGGUGGACAAUUAUCUCGCACAUCCACGACUUGUGCUGCCCACCAUCGGCGUCACGGCUUUUGCCGUGCCCGACCCUUGGGAUGAGCUGGAGCAUGGCCAAUGCUACAUCAUCUCGGGCGGACGCGUGCUUACCGGCAAGUUUGCCGUGUGGCGGGAUCCAAUUAUGUGUGCAGCAGAUGUCCAGACCACCCGCCUGCAAUGCUUGAAGACAUGUAGUGAAGCUAGCGAUGUGGACGGGGACAAGACUCGCGCGUCUUCGGACCCUGACAUGGUGAGCUUCCUGGAAAAUACGCCUGACGGGCAAGGUGAUGCUGAACUUCAGCAGAUAGAAGCCGACGUACAGGCGAUGGUAGCUCAGCAGGGGGGGCCGCCGCCUAGCACUUCCUUGGCUGCGCACAUCCUGUCCAUGGAGGCGGACAUCCGUGGCCUCGGCUGCAGUUUUGCUGAAAAAGCUCAACUGGCAGCCUGGUUGGCUCGCAACGAUGGUCAAGCAAGGGAGGCCGCCAUAGCUGCGUACAAGCAAGUGCAUGCCUCGUACCUGUGCUAUGACGCUCCUAGGAAGUACGCCAUCAAGGCAGUGCGGACAGUUUGUCGCCAACUCCUGAAAGAAGCCGGCCUAAACUUGCGCUCGCCGAAGAUCAGCGACUACAUCGAAGAGACAUACAUGUCCAUCAACUUUGCGGCAAACCGCAAACGCCCAUGGACUUGUAUGAGCGAGAUUCCGCGCAAUCUGCAGCUUGGCCAGAUAUGGUGCGGGCACGCUAACUCAGAGGGCUCAAUGGUUGUGCGCCGUGCACCGGAAGAACUUCUUCUCUUCCUCAAGCACGUGCUGAAUCCACAACUAAACAAUGCCUUGCACGUCGUCGUCCGAAACGGCGAGCUUGAGGCCCUGGUCAGAGCCGCCCAGGCAGCCAGUCUCCGGCAACACCGGAACCCCAUUCUAACACUGGCAGGGCAGACCAGGUUUGGCAAGCGCUGA